ACGAAUGCAUUGGUGGUGAUCAGUGCGUUUGUAAAGUCAAAUGGUGAAAUUUUUAUACAAUAUUCAAGAAGUAUUUCUUCAUUUGCAUAAUUGUAUGCUAAUUGCUUUGUCACUGUGUUCGUAAAAAGACGAAAAAAAAUUGCCAUAUCAACACGUGUCCUUGUGAAUGCAUCGGACACCAUUAACACAUUUAAUUAUACACGGUAUAAGUUUUUCUUGCUUGUGCACAGUGACGUACGAAGAUGAGCUUGCAGGACGUUGCAUAUACGGUAGUUACCGCGCCAUUUAAUGUAAUUCAUAGAACGACUGCAGGGGCUGCAUCCUAUACUUGGAAGGCAGCUACAUCGGCAACAAGUUACCUGGGUUUACAACCUAAAACCGAAGUUAAAAUGGUACCUGUAUCUGUACCUUUAUGGAAGUUAGCUGCUUCCACUGGACCAUACAUAAAGCUUGCAGCUCUCAGCGGUGCAUCAGCAGUUAUCUUGGGCGCUAUUGGAUCUCACAGACAUUACAGCCAGGAUGAUGUAGGAGUGGAGCAGAGGCGUAUCUUUGAAACUGCAAAUAGAUAUCACUUCAUACACACUUUGGCCUUGUUGGGAUUACCGAUGUGCAGAUAUCCAAGCGUGGCGGCGGCUCUCAUGUUGUCUGGCAUUGUCCUGUUUUGUGGCAGUUGUUAUUAUACCGCAUUCACUGGUGAUUCAAGAUUUGGUAGACAGACUCCAAUUGGUGGAUUUUGUUUUAUUCUGGCAUGGUGCAGCAUGCUUUUAUAAAUAUUCCUUAAAAAUGAGCAUUUUAUACGGAGAAAUAAAUAAGAGAUAAGGUGGUUUUAUUUUUAAAUAAAAUGUAAAAGUAAAUAAAAGAUAUAAUUUUUCA